AUUUUUUUUUUUUUGCAGAGGAGAUGUUGCAAAAUAGUGGUGGCUUGCAAUCUUGGUGGAUUUAAUAGCCUGUGACAUCAACAUUUUCACACCAGCCAUUUCUUAUUGUAUCACAUACACAGCUUCUUGGAAGUUUUUCAAGUUAUGAGGAGCGUAAGCCCUAUCCUUUAUUACUAUACCUCCUGAAGCAGGCAACCAGCUUUUGGUAGAAAACAAAGGUCAGAUAAACUAUGGAGAAGAACCUAUUAAAACCCAGCUUUGCCAUACUGUUGGAGUGAAAUAGAGGCUUCUUGCUGGUAUCUGCUGAUGAAAGCACAGAAAUAAGUAUUGAUGUGUUUCUCAACGGGAGAGGGCAACAAGAAGCAAGCAGGAACCUUAAGAGAUGUGCCUAAACAGGUGAGCCCAAAGCUGAUCAAUUUCACUUUGAUGCCCAUGGCUUCCAGUAGUCUUAGCAGGUUUGCACAACAUGACAACCAUGGUAGGUAAUCAUUCUUGUUUAAUUCAGAGUGAUACUAGUUUCAUUUACAUUUGUUCAGUAUUGAGCUAUCUUGCAUAAGUGCAGGUUUACUGUUAGGAAAGUGUGACGCUUGUGUGUUAGACAUACCGAUAUCUGAAAGAACAACUUCCUUGUUCAUGAUGCAGGACUAAUCGUUUUAAAAGAGUCAUCUAAAAGAUUUGCCUUUAUUGAAGUACGAGGGUGAACAUGGGAAGUUAAUCCAGCAGACAGAACUGGUUCACUGCACUUGCUUUAUGUCAAUUUGAUGGAGCAGCGUGUCACAGAGAAUCUCAUCUUCCUCUUCAGAUAUUGUGGAAACUUUGGAUGAUUCAUUCUCUGUCCAGUAUCUUUUACUCAUGUAUACAGUCCAUUCAAAAUGAAAAUUUGUAAGGGAGCUUAGAGUAUAAAUAAUAUAACAACGAUUAAAAGCAUUACAGAAUAUAGAGGACCUUGUAAAACAAAACAAAAAAGUUUCCCUGGCACAGGUAAGGACAGCAAGAGAAGGGUGCUUGCUGGAUUUUCCAAGGAAGGGAGGUCCAUCUACUGUAUCUGGUUCCUGCUUUUCUGAUCUUAAUUAACUGCAAGGCAGAAAGCAGGGCCUCCAGAGUCAGGUUCAUAUUGGGCAUAAGCUGUCCUUCAGAUAGCCUGGUCCUAGCCCUCUUAGGGCUUAAAUAUCAGGAUUAGCCCUUCAGACUGAACUUGCAAAGAGUUUGGUAACUUGUAAAAAAGACAUAGAAUCAGUGUAGUAUGAGCUUCUAUUAGUAUCUUCUCCAUAUUUUGGAGUUCUUCUGAUUCCUCUUUAAGGGGCAGCUUUGCACAGAGAGGAUUGCAGCAACCAGUGCAUGUGUAACAAUUUGACAAGUCAGUCAGAACUGGUAAAAGACACUCCUGGCUGGCUGGCUGACCAUACAUGCAAAGAUACUUGUGGGUUCAGAAGAGGCCUCAGAUUGCAUUCUUGGAAAGGAGGAGCCAGGAAGAAUUAGCUUUCUCCAUCAGAUUAGAAUUAUCAGUUUACAACCUAUCUGAUCUCAAAUAAGUUUCAGCUUCUUUGCAGCUAAACCAGAAUGACGCCAGAUAACAGUUCAGAGUUUUUGCACUCUCCCUGGGCUUAAUAUUUGGAAACGAGGAACAAGAGUAUUAUCAGCAUCUUGACAAGAAACCCUCAACCUCCAGAUGAACCCUCUCUGUCCUUUCACAUAGGUGUUAAACAGUUUAGGGUACAAUGUGGAAUAAGGUCAACAUAUGGAACUGCCUGUCCUACCCAAGAAUGAUAUCUGUGGGGCUGUUAGCACAUCAGAGCAUUUGGCUGCAAAUCAGUGACAAGUCAAUGAAUCACAAGUUGUGAAGAUCUGCAUUGUGCACCAACCGCUUCAAUUUCUCAGAAAGAACAUACAGAUUUCUUGUUUUUGGUUGUUAGCAUGGCAUCCUAACUUGGAAACUGCAUUUUUUAUGGGUUAUGUUACACAAACCAUGAGCCAUGACAUAUGAACUGGAUCACUGAUGUCUUCAACACGGACAAGGCCCGGCUGAGUAAAUUGGACUCCAAAUAGCAAAUGGAUGUUUUGAAAAAUAAUCACAUAAAUAAGGGGGUGGGAGGCAGUGAAAUAGAACUGAUGUAUUUCUCACAGUCACAAAACUAGAGAACUAGUCCCCAUUACCCAAUACUGAACUCCAUGCAAAUUAUAGAUGUUUCUGUAUCUUCUCUCUUUGUAGCAUCUAUGAAGUCUCAUAGUACACACUCAGUCCAAGGUUAUCAAUGCAGAACAGCAAUUUGAUGCAGCUUUGCCACAAUUAUCUAAGUUUUUCUACAGGCUUGCUCUGUCACUUGGUUUCUCAGAAAGCUGUUUUGAGCAUGUUUUGUACACCUGCACAUCCCUGCCCUUUUACAUUCUCAUCUUCCUAUUUUCUCUUGGAGGAAAAGGUGAAAUGGUUGCCCAGCUUAUCUUGAUCUUGCUGACACUGGCAUCUCAACUAAGUAUUCAUCCAGUUCAGAUGCAGAGUCUAAGGUACCCACCUUGUAAUGCUGUAUUUUGGGAGAGCGAAGCUGGUCCCUCCAGGAAUCAUGGUGAGAUGUCUGAAAAGCUACGUAGAUGCCGUAAGGAGCUGACUGCAGCUAUUGACAGAGCAAUGGAAGAUCUUUCCAUUCCUUUCCCCCCCUCCCCAGAUCCCACAACUGACCAGAACUCUGACCUGCUGAUAACACAACCAUCUACACCUCCCAACACAGAUCUUUUUAAUCACAAGGGAGAGCCAAUUCCUCCCACUGUUUGUUGCCCUCAGCUGUCUCCACCAGUUUCUUCUGCUCCUGAAAAAGAGAAUCCUCUCUUCAGGCCAAGUCUCAUUCCAGUGACUGUAGGCUCCAACAUUUCUUGUACAAAACGGGAACCGCUGACAAGCAAGGAAAAUACAUGGCUGCAUCCUCCCAUCUUCAUGGCUGACAGGCAGUUUUUUCUUAGCCUGGAAGACAGUGAGAGAUGGCGAAAAGGACAUCUAAGCAAAACCGAUGAAAGGUCCAUGAAGUCAGAAACAAGUGUAACUGCCAGCGAUGUCCCUCCACAGAGUCCCAAAGAUCUUGCUGAUGUGGGUGACAACUCAGCUGUUUGGCCUGCAGAAAAGCUGCCAAGAAAGUCAGAUUCUGUGAAUGAGCUUCAGCAAAACUCUAGGAUGUCAGAUGAACUGUUUCCUCUAGAUGAGGCUUCAGCCCUGGAUCUGGAUGUGAGGAGCACUUUCAGAAAGGUCCUGGAGUACAGCCCAGAGGAUGAUGCCAUUAUUGAAACACUGCUGGAUAUGGAAGAGGAGUACAGACUGAACAGCUCCGCCUUGCAUCAGCCACACUAGAUGGGCUGGUAUAAGGUGUGAGCUAUUUUCAUUUUAAAGUUUGAUAGUAACACUUUUGAACCAGGGACACUUUAGAAAACAAUCCUGUCAGUUGUAUGAUGCACUAUUAAAGCAAGCAAUUCACAAUAUUUUGUGAAAUUAUAGUACUUUCUCCAUGGUGAAAACCUAUCAGUUGGAAUUAGGAAAAAUAAUACUACCAAUCAGAUAUGGUCCCUUUCAAGACAUGGCUUUUCCAUAAUGAGGACAGGCACAGGGGAUCACAUACAGAACAACAGGUUGUCAUGCUUUCUAACAAAAUAUUGCCAAACACUGGAUAUUAGUUCAUUUAUUAAAGCAAAAUAUGGCUCUGAACUGUGGGGUAGGUUCUAUGGGAAAAGACAAUGAACCCAUUUGCACCAACAAACAACCCACUGUAUCUUAUUUAUUUAUAUCUUGCUGUGUCCAAGCAGCCAUUUUGAGAAUGAAAACUGCACCUGCAGCUUGUCAAGUCAUCCAAAGGUGGUGGGACUAGAUUGUGCAAGGCUUGAACAACCCAUCCAAACCUCAUGGUCUGUUUUAGGAUUAUGGAAGGGUUGUUCAAGCCUCACACAACCCACCCCCACCAGGUUUGGAUGACACAAGCUGCAGCUGCAACUUGAAUUUUUAAGAUGAUGCCUGCAGCAAACACAACUUAAACUAGAAGGAGCAAUAGCAACUGUGCAAAUCCUACUGCUGCAUAAACUCCUUAUAUCAACAAGAAUUAAUAGACUGUAGGCCCAGUCAGUGGCACUUUAGAACUAAAGAACCAGACUGAAUGCGAGUCUUGUGACUCCACAAUCCCAAGUGGUGAUACCUGAGAACCGCACAUACAUUUUUGGUGAGGGAAGCCAAACAUGCACUUUCUUCUAUUACUCACCUGAAACAGAUCAUCCUCUGGAGAUAACAGAAGAGCAGCUUCAUGAAUCCAUCUUUGGUCAUAGAUGUGUACUUUAAA